CAGUACCGAGUGAAAAUGGCAGACUCACACCCUAAGAAGAUCCAAAAUAUCUCAACAAAUCCAACAUUUCCAGCCUCUCCAUCACAUGAUACACCCCCACAUAUAACUGUCAGUCCACCACCCCUUGCAACACCACCAACAAAAGACUCACUUCCAUCAUCAUCAUCAUCAUCAUCAUCAUCAUUAAAAGCAUCAUCAACAGCGGUGACUACUGAAAGUUCUACUAGUGCCCCAUUGGCAACAUCAAGACAGUCUAGUAGUGUAGUUUCAUCUGCUUGUACAGAAAAAUUGAGAAAAUCGUCGUUACAAAAUGUUUCAAAUGUAAAACAAUUACCUUCUGUAUCAACUUCUUUGUCUGAAGCCAGUACUUCUAUUCAGACCAGGACUGGCACUGCCCUGAAACCCAUAGCAAAACCUACUAGUUUGAGCCUGUAUCGUCCCCUCGAAAAUGGUGGGAUCGGUUACAGUCUGAACGCCUCAAAACAUUUUAAAGAAAUGGAUAAAAAAGCGAAAAAAGUGGACAAAGAAGAUAUUAAUUUGAAAUUUAAGCAAAAGACAAGACGUUGGUACUCAGCUGAUCAAGAGCCAGAAUAUGUUACAGAAAAUGAAACAUCGGAACAAAACCAGUGUAAGACUGAGUCUGAAAGUCACAAAGGAAUUUUUAAUAAAAGUAACAGUCUAGAAGAAGGCCACCAGAAGAGAGUUCUUGAUAGAAGAGGUGCAUUCAAGUUUAAUAAAAGCAAAUUAAAAGGUGGCAGUCUGCAACGAUGUAACACUCAAAAAGAAAAGGAUAAAAUACAGAAAAGCAAUAGUACAGAUAAUAAUUAUGUUGGCGAUGAUGAUGGUGAUGUUGAUCGUAAUGAUGAUAAAAAAAAAUUUAGUAGUGGCUGUAUGCCUGGCUCAGGAAAGCGUAAAAAGAUCAAUCGUUAUAUUGGACAUUUGGGGAGUAGCAAUGAGGGAAGCGAUGAAAGUGAAGGCUUUGAAAGUUCGGGCCGCCAACAGAAAGGAACUUUAAAUCGACUGAGUAAUAGUUUCAAUCUUGGUUUACUUGGGUUAGGGCUUGGAGCAACUCGUUCGAGUCAGAAAGAUGAGAAAAAGAAAAAGUUUGGUAAGAAGAAAAAAGAGGAUAAUGAAAGUAGUUGGUAUUUUAAAAAAAGGAAACCAAAACGUAGCAAAAGUGAAGGAUCGAAUAGCAGUGACGGCACAGACACAGACGAGAGUUCGGCAACUGCUUCAGAAAGUGGCUUUCAUAAAAGAACAAAAGGUGAUAUAGAUCAAACUCUUAGAAAUACUGCCAUAAGAUCUGUAACAGAAAUGAUAUCUGCAAUACAAGCAAUAGAGCUCCCGACUGUAACGCCAUUUGAUAGGAGGGAAGCGGUUCACAAAUCCGAGAGCACGAUUAAAAGAGAAGAGAGUUGGGAUGAUGCUGGAUGUUCUCAUUUCGAAGAAAUUUCUUCAUGCACUCGAUGUGCUACACAUAAUCGAUGUUACGAGAAGGAACAUAACUGUAGAAAUAUUAAUACUAGUACAGGGCCGAGAGUUCCUUCAAGCUCGUUGUGGUUGUUGUGCGAUAACCGCAAACAAACUGACAAUAAAGAAAGUUUACAGUACGAAAUACAAGACCCGGCAGAUAAAAGAACAUCGCUAAAAGAACAAUGGCUAAAGGAAAACAAAAUAACAUCCGAGCUUUUGUUACCCAAAACAAUGCACCUAAAAACACCUCCUCCUCUCAGAUCAACCCAAGACGUCGGACAAUUUCAAAAUAUAGCUAUUUCUCAGGAUAAAUUUAUCGCAAACCCAAACUCCUCAAAAUCAUCUACUUUGUCAACUACACAAGGAUCUUCUCCAUUAUAUGCGCUUGCGUACGUUCAUGAAAACUCUAAAUCAAACAAGCAGGUGUCUGGAAUUCCUCUAAGUAAAGCUUUAACAUCAACAAUGAAGGAACAACAGUCAAAUACAAAAUACAAAUAUUUAGCAAGCUCAGUUGGGUCUUCGUUGAACCCUCUAAAUGUUACAUCAUCACAAUCACUGAUAUCAACCUUUCCAAAUGUAAUAAUGAACCGAGAAAAGGGUAUAGUUGAGAAAGAAAACGAAAAAUUAGAUUUUCACGGUGAAACACUUGAAUCACAAAAAUGUUUUCAAAUGAAACAUCAAAGUGAAUUCCAAAACGAAGAACCUCUUGACAAAUCAUUUGAAAAUAAAGAAAAGAAAAAUGAAAAGACUGAAGAGUAUUCUGACAAGCAAAGUAGUAAGUUCUUUCAAUCGAACAGUAAACCAUCUCGAAUACCCAUCCUUACUCAAAGAUCGUCGUCAGCCGAAGGAUUUUAUAGAAAUAAACGAGUAGAUUUGAAAAAAUCAAUGAGUAUUGGUGCUGGUGUUUCUAGAAGUGGGGACAGGUACGCAAAUACGUUUGUUUCCCAAACUAAAACUGGUAGAGAAAGGGAACGACAAGCACCGAUAAAUUCGCCGGUCUACACUAAUGCGACUAGUAUGAGUGGUUGCAAACUUAAAAGUGAUAAUGCUUGUACAGGGACGACAUUGACAACUAAUACAACAGUUGUUUCUUCACUACCUAAGAAUGUGUUGCCUCCUUCAGAAAACAGUAUAAAAUCCAUUACAAGUACGUCUUCUGUUACCACUGAUACUACAAUACAUAUUAUUGACAAUGCCUAUACAAAAGAUCGGGUAUCUUCACUUACAGAUCCAGCCGUAUCAUCUACUAAUCGUAGCAGCGGUGCAAGUGAAAUUAUUAACCUGAAUAGCAAAGGUUCUGCUAGUGUCAUUAAUGUCUCAGCUAGUAGCAGAAGUGCCGGUACCGCAGAUGGGAAAUGCCACUAUUACGACGGUAGCAACACCCACUGCCAACAGUCAGUCAAUAGGACAUAUAAGCUAAUACACAGAUCACAAUCUGGCAACGACAGCCUCUGCAAAGCGGCUCUACUUCACGCUUCUAACGACAGCGAAAGGAGAAGUGAUGUGUCUAUUGUUGACAGUAGCACGGUUGACUUGCAUGGAGCUAUUGAUGUCGCUGGCAGUGGAAGCUAUGCGCAAGCAGAAAUUGUUGCAACUGCAACGAAACCAACACGAGGAGCGGAGAGAAGGGAAAACAAAAGGUUAGAAGAGAAUAGGAAUGUAAUUCAAAAACAAUAUGCGCAAACUCCAGCGACAACACAAUUAUGUCAACCACUUGUUACUAAUGUUACCACUCAGCAGACUAUCGGAGGAGGUUACCAACAGACAAUUAAAAAAACACAGCAACAUAAAUAUCAACAAAAACAACUAAUUCUGCAACAAAACACGUCAUGUUUACGAUCAUCAGCAUCGUCAAACAGGGAGUUAGCAUCGAGUUGUAUCAGAGGACAAGAUGGUGUUUAUUUUGAGCCUGGAGCGUUUAAUAAAACAGAUAUAGAACAAAGAGAUUUUAAUAGUAUUAACAACAGGAGAUUCAACAUCAGUAACAAUGGAACUGAUUAUACAAAUGUAUACUCUCGGGAGAGGCAGCAAGGGGCAAAAUCAGUCACAUCCACUGAUGGUACCGAUUCAAUGAAGCAGUCCUGGAACUUUGAUAGUGGCCAGAAUUUAAGUUCCACUCGAGAUACGAGUGAUGUCCGAAAUCCGAGGUAUAAGUCACCGGAAUUAAAGAAAACUAAGAAUAAUCUCAGUGAGGAUAAAUGUCAACACAAUCAACCAGAUCAAAAUAGCCGAAAGACAGCAGAGCAAAGUAAUUACCCAUUAGUUUGUACUGUUUAUACUGCCGACGGUCUGGAAACUAUUCCGAUAUAUCCGUAUUAUAUUAGUAACAGCACUGACCGCGGAGACUCGAACUAUCGGGACAACUACACAAGUAGCUAUCAUUUUAAUGUAGCAGAUUCGAAACAUACAGUUUCGUCGAAAAUAGCUGUUACAAAACCAGUGAACUGCACAGAGGCUUCGUCCCAAACUGAAACUACAUCUUCGACAAUUAGUCAAGUAGCGUCGGUUAGUUCAACAGCUGGCACAUCAUCGAGAGCGGUAACAGUUUUAGCAGCAUCUGCAUUAGCAACCACCACUUUAGCCGCUGCUACAUCAGCCAGACGAACUGAAGCCUAUGCUGAAAACAAGGAAAAACUACAAGAAACUAUUCAACCAUGUUCCGGUAAAAUCACAACAAACCAAGGCGAUGUGCACUAUAGCAACAGAACAGCAUACCAGGUUUUCCAUCCUGACAACAGCUCCAGUCACUUACCUACUACUGUAGCAUACAACUCUUGUCAGAACUUUCACAAUGAUAGCUGGCCUGUAACCCACGUAGCUAAGAGUCAGGGCGUAAGUCACGCAGGGAAUGCCUCAGCCUUAGCAACUUACCGAACGAAGGAAUCCAAUGAAGCCAUACCAAAUAUUGUUUUGCCAAAGACAGUCUCUAAGGCUGACCACGUUGCUAGAAGUAGUCGACGAAUUAGUUCAGCUCCUUUACAACUUCAAGAGACACCUUUAAUUACAUCAGAUCAUCAAAAUUAUUCUAAUGUAUAUGCAUAUCCUCCUCCCCCACCAUAUCCUCCCCCUCCUCUUCCGUUACCUUCCUCUCAGCAUCUCUGCACUUGCUCUCAUCAAUGUUUACACCCGACGCGGCAAUCAUGUUUACGGUUUAACAACGUUGACACAAACAGAUUAAAUGCCCCGUUGUCUAACACUACCACAACUGUAGCAGCAGCUACUAACAUUGCGUCUACAGCUACGCUUUCUGCUGGGGAUCUACUCAAAACAAACCGUCAAAUAGAAGCCGGGGAUGACGGAUCUACUCCCUUGUGUAGCCAUGGAAGACGAAUGAAAACAAGUAAUAAUAAUAAUAAUAAUAAUAAUAAUAAUAAUAAUAAUAAUAAUAAUAAUAAUAACCCAAACAGAUUUUGCAACGAUAACUGGCAAAGCGCCUAUAGCGAUUCCAAAAAGAUGUCAUCGUCCCGAAAGCCCCAACGACGAACACGAGUAAUGGAUCCACCUGUAAACUUUCAUAAUCGGCGAGACAGGUCGUUUGGGUUUUUAUCAUUUCGUCUUGGAGGAACAGAGAAGAAUUUCAGGAGUGCAAGUAAUGAAGAAAAUGAGCUUCUAAGUGCCGGUGCAAUAAAAAUGUCAGAACGUCCAUUCAGCAGGUCAGAGUCACGAACUACAGACUCAGAUGAUGAUGACCUCAUGGAAGACUAUGAUGUUACCAUCUUCAAUCCCCAAUGUGUCAGAAACCGCAGUGCCCUGGAAAAAUUUCUUGCAGUAAUACUGGUGCUUUUCUUGGUUGUGAUUAUUGCUCUUGCUGUUGCAUUGGUUCGAUCAAAAGAGCCACCUGAUGACCCUUACUGUUCGAGCCCAGAAUGCAUUUCAGCUGCAGGAUCAAUAUUAACUGCAAUGGAUACUACUGUAGAUCCAUGCCACGAUUUUUAUCAAUAUACAUGUGGGAAUUGGGUGAGAGACAACCCAAUACCGGAAAACUAUGCCAGUUGGGAUCGAUUUCAGGAACUUUCAGAAAAAAAUCUAUAUCGUUUGAAAGGUCUUUUAGAAAAUUUACAGUUGAUCGGGCCUCUAGAACAAAAAGUAAAAAACUUUUAUAAUUCCUGCCUUUUGGAGAGUGAUGGCUUCAAACAAGAUAUCCGGAAAAAAACACUUGACUCUUUAAGAAAACUUAUCCAUAAAGUUGGUGGCUGGAGUUUAAAAAAUGCCACCAACAAUACAAUUUUAUAUCCCGAGUGGACAUUUGAGUCUGUUUUACUUGAGAUACAUCUCCUGGACAUAUGGCCUCUAUUUCGAAUCACAGUUGACGUUGAUGAAAUGGAUCUGUCAAGGAAUAUAUUCAAGAUUGGAAUUGGGAGUAAUUUCCUUGAUUCACACAGACAUCCAUUAUCAAGCAAUCAAGGCAAUGAAACAUCACUCCAUGGGCAGCUCUAUUCUCAGUAUUUAAAAGAAUCCUUUGACCGAUAUCUAAAGGAAACAAUUAGAAUAAUGGAACUUUUUAUCGGGAAGUCGGUUAAUGUCAGCAAGAUGGCAUAUGAAGUCAGCCUUAUGGAAAAGACUCUUGUUCAGAUGAAAUCUCUAACAGCAACAGAAAGUUACAAUGUGUCAACUAUCCAUGAUCUGCUUAUACGGUAUCCAGCGAUAAACUGGAUUAAAUAUUUCCAAAGUCUUGCAACAAUUCGUAAUAUCAAGAUACAAAAUUCUGACCGGGUGGCCAUUUUAUAUCCUGAUUACCUAAGCCACCUUUCAGUCUUCUUAAAUGAUGUUAAAAGCAACAUUACAAAAGCUGAAACAUUACAGAAUUAUCUAAUUGUCACACUAAUGCGGUCAAUGUUACCAUUUUUCCAAGAAAGUAAUUUAGAAGAAGAUGAAAAGGAUUCUCGUAAACCAUUGGACAACUGGAAACGAUGCAUUUUCUAUACAAACAAAGCAUUGGGUUUUGCCACUGGUGCCAUCUACGUAAAGGCAGCAACAAAGGGGAGAGAAAUCCAUGACAAAAUUGAAAACUUAAUUAAAUAUAUCAAGGAGGCAUUUAAAGCCUACAUCCUGAGAAAGUUCUGGAUGGACAAGUAUACAAAAGCUGCGGCGGCUGCAAAACUGGAUUCUAUGAUAGAGAAAGUCAGUUACCCUUCAUUCAUGCUCAAUACUACAUUUCUUAAUAACUAUUAUAAACAGUUUGAUGUUUUGGAGUCAAGUUGGUUUACUAAUUUAAUAAACUGGAAAAAAUUUGAUUUAGAAAAGAUGAUAGCACAAUUAAUAGAAAAACCUGACAGACGGAGAUGGAUAUCUCCACCAGUCACAGUCAGCCCUUUCUAUUCACCAAUUAGAAAUGAGCUUUUCUUCCCUAUGGCGCUUUUUCAUCUACCAUUUUUCUCGGAAGAAGGGCCACAAUCUCUGAACUUUGGUGCCAUAGGAUCAGUUAUAGGACAUGAAAUAACACAUGCAUUUGGCAUCAGGGGAAUGCAUUAUGAUGGAAAUGGACAGUUACGCAACUGGUGGAAUCCAGACACGGCUAAAAAGUUUAACAUCACAACACAAUGUGUUCGGAAAACUUACAGUUCAUAUCAAGUGGAACAUUUGUAUGUUGAUGGCGAGGUGACACUUGACGAAAAUAUAGCUGACAAUGGAGGUUUACGUGCUGCCUAUGUUGCUUACCUUCUCUGGACAGAAGAAAACGGAAUUGAAAAACCUCUUCCAGGACUAGAUUUGACACCAACACAGUUAUUUUAUGUCAGCUUUGCCCAAAUGUAUUGUUCAGCAUGGACAAAAGAAGGACUCAAACAUCACUUGCUGACUGACCAUUUUGCUCCUGGUAAAGCAAGAGUAAUUGGUGCUAUCUCAAACUCCAGGGCUUUCUCAUCAGUCUUUGACUGCCCAUUUACAUCUGCUAUGAACCCAUCAACCAAAUGUGAAGUAUGGUGAAGAAAUGAUUCUGUGAUGAUUAAUUAAAAAAAAAAAACUAAUCAGCCAGCUAAAUUGACUGAGGAAUACACAACAAAAACUUUUGUUACAGGGGUUCAUCAG